CUUUGGCUGGUUUUGUGAUGAUUAUCCGGCCACUAAUGAGAGAUAUUUUGAGAUGUUUCUUGGCCUGUUUUUAAGGAGGAAAUUCGGCCAUGUGUGAAGAAAACAACAGGGAACACUAAGUGGCUGUGAUGGAAAUGUCCCUUGGCUUGUUGUGUGUGAUGGAUUCGGCCUUUAGUAUCUAAGGUCAAGGGUGGGGAAUUGUGGGGUUUAAGAGGAGAUUUUCCCUGAUUUUUGUGUAAGGAAUUUUGGCCCUAUAUGGUAAGAAAUGACAAGGAAAGAUCAUGGGUGCAAGGAUAAGGCUGAGGAGGAUUACGAGGAGGAGGUUCUCAAUGUCACGUUGCCAGCUACAUACGAGAUGCGCUUACCAUCAGGAGAACCCCAGCAGUCCAGUCUUGAGUUGACAAUCGAGUUUCUCUGCACCUACCAGUGUCCGCAUGGUGGACGACCUAUUAAGGAUGCAGCUGAUGUCAGGCCUGAUUCCACCUUGACGUUCUCACUUUCUGGUCGAGCCUUCACCCUUUCCAUGGCCGAGUUUGGGCAUCGUCUGGGCAUAUACACUGAGGAGGAAGCACGCUCACUUGUCUUUGCUGCUCUUCCUUAUUCAUUGCCUUCAGAGUCCAGUGGGAAAAGCCAUAGGAAGACUAUUCAGGCCGGACCUUUUGUUUCUCGCCUUGCACGUUCCCUUCUACCCGAGAUGUCGGGUAAUCUACUGCCCAUUGACUUGAGCAUUCGUCCUUUGAGCACCACAUCUCUCACGAAGAUGGGGAUGGCGAAGAGGCAUCGAGUAGAGGACAUUGACGAGCCGCCACUUGAUUUCUUUGAUGGGCUUGAUACCACUGUCCAUUCUCCUCUUCCAGAUGCCACUAUAGGGAUGUUCGUGGAUGGGGGUUCUUCUUCCUCCGUUCAUCCCGGGACAUACACAGCUUCAGAAGGCGGCAUUGAUCCUUCCAUCUUUCAGUCCAUCUUAGAGGAGAUGAGGAAGCUUAACACGAGGAUGAACUCUCUGGAGACUAACGUCCAGGACGCGAGGGAUGUCAUGGAGACAGAGUUUGCGUCCCACACGAUGCAAUUUAAGAGGAUGAAUGAGCGUCUAGAGUCAAACACCGAGCAGCUGCUAGGGCUCGAGAUGAUGCUUGGUAAGAAGUUUGCACCUACAGCUCCUUCCUCCAGAGCCAGCCACCACUGGAGAUGUUUUUAAUUUCUGUUGACUAUAAACAUUUUUAUUUUUACUUGGCUUGUUUAUUUUGCUACUCUAAUUUAUUUAUGCAAACUUUUAUGGAUUAAUGCUUGCACUUUAUUGUUUAUUUCAAGUGUGUGGAGGAAUGUUAGCCCUGUUUCUUGACUCAUAUCUUGCAUUUGGACUACAAGGACGUAGUCCAAUUUAAGUGUGAGGAGGUAGAGUUCGAGUAUCAUGUAUGAUUUGUUGUCUUACUUUGGUAACUCUUGAUUCACACUUGGUUGUAGUCAUUUUUUCUUCUUACUUUCUCAUUUCCUUGCUAAAUUUUUCUUUUAUUUAAUUAAUUAACUUGUUUCUUAUUCAUUAAGUGAUGCACAAGUGGGUUUAAUGGUUGAGAAAGUUGGGGAAUAAUAACUAGUAGUUUGG